UCCAUUUCGGGUCAUUAAUUUGUACAGAAAAACUGAAUUCAAAAAUAAAAAGAGGUGAGGUCAAGUUUUGAUUUAGUUGCUAAACUGUUUUUGAUAUAAAACCCUAGGCUCCAUCCUAAAAUCACAGCACAUAGUUUGUAAAAAAAGUUAUGGCGGAUGGGUACUGGAACACACCACAUGACUUGGGCGGAUCAGUGAAGCGCCCUCGCCCUCUCCCUCAUUCUGACCUUUCACCUGCUGUAUUACCUUUAGCUCAUGAGAUGCGCAAUUACUUGACACGAGAUAAUGAUCGGAUUGGGCCUUAUGCUGUAAAUGACACAGAAUCGAUUGGAUCAGCUUAUGAUCAUUACCUCCGGAAUGGGCAAUAUUCUCCACUCACUUCUGCAGACGGUAAUAUUUACAGCAAGGUUGGGCUAGAUAGCACUCAUGGUUCUGGACGGCCUGCACAUAUGUUAGAUGGUCCUGUUUCUGUUAGUCAACCUAGGGAUGUACUUCGGGAUUUACCUAGUUUUAAGCAUCCGGUAGAUACAACGCCAAGGCCUGGUCAUGAGAUACUGCCUCUUCCUCGAGAUGCUUCCAAUACUUUAUAUAUUGAGGGACUUCCUGCUAACAGCACUAGAAGAGAAGUAGCUCAUAUUUUCCGUCCAUUUGUAGGCUAUAAAGAAGUUAGACUUGUGAGCAAGCCAUCAAAACAUCAUGGUAGGAAUCCUCUUAUCCUUUGCUUUGUUGAUUUUGAGAAUCCAGUGUGUGCAGCGACGGCUCUGAGUGCCAUACAAGGUUAUAAAGUUGAUGAACAUGAUCCUGAUUCGGCCUAUUUGCGGCUUCAGUUCUCAAGGCAUCCAGGUCCAAGGUCUGGUGGAUCUGGACGUUAUGGGAGAUGACAAUGUCAUAUAGAAACCCCAUGAUUUGAGCUUUCUGGUCAUUAUCUUACCUUUGCUGGGAUAAUAUUAUCAUGUUCAGCAUAUUUUAUAACGUAUUCCGAGACUUUACCUCAACCCCCAAACCGAUGCUUAAUCUGGAUUCUGGAAGUAUGUACAUUAGUGUUAUAGUGAGGAAGGGCCUAUGGAGCUAAUUUUGAUGAAAAACAGCAAUAGUAGUUUUAGCUAGUUCAUGUUCUAUUCAGCAACUAGAAAUGUGUGUUUUGCGCUUAUGGUGACUCGACGUGUCAUUAAUUUGGCAGACAUGGCAAUGAAAAUUAACCAGUUGCAACUUGCAAUUGUCACUUUA